AUGGUGGGAUUCAUAUAUUUCGGCGGCUUCUGCCUCAUCCGCCAGCUCCUUCUUCGCAUCAAGGAAGCGCGGGAUGGCGUUCCCGUUUGUCAUGCCAAGAAGGCCAGGGACGGGGAGCUUUUUGAAGCACGUGCGAUCGGUGGCGAAGAUACGGCUACUGCUCACGCGUGGUCGAAAGUGACUGACGAGCGAACGCUGCUGAUGACAGAAAUCCUGCAAGCGACUGAGGAAGAGGAUGAUGGAGAGCGAGAGGGUGAAGAUGGGAGAGAAGAAGAAGAGGAUGAGACCGUGGACGAAGAUGAAGAUGAGGACAAGACAGAGCGAGGCAACAUGUCACCGUCCACAGCACUCAAGGCGACGACACCUCCGGCAACUUCAGAGCUCAAGCCCGACAUCCAGGCCGAUUCAGCGCGGGUCUUGUCGAUCGCUGUCCUCCGUGAACUGUUCCACGAUAUCAAAGAGUUCCAGUCGACAAAGGAUGGGCGAACAUCUCCCGUUGGGUCCGCACCGCCCCGCAUCACCUUUACACGCAAUGUUGCAAAAAAGAUAGUACCUGAAUGGAAAGAAACCUGCAUAAGCGACAUUCUCCUCCUGAACAACAUAUGCCUGCUGUCGCCGAAGUACUCUCCAUCUUUCGUGAGUAGCCCAACGGCCAGGGUGAAGAUCAUUGCUCUCUGGACGAAGGCGGUCGCAACCUUCCACGCCGAACGUAUGACCGCUUCCCUCCCUCCAAUCGUUGCGCGCAUCGUAUUCUCAUUCUGCAAUGAGCUGCGAUCGUCCGAUGUGGAGCAGAGUCUCCGAAAACAUAUGCAGAAGGCGCUCGCGGUUGGUGGUGGCGGUGAUCCGGUCAUUAAGUCGAUGCGCAUGAAUGAAUUCCAGAGCGUGGACAACGUCGCGGAUGAGGACGCCGAGGUGCAUGCGCUCCUACACGCUUUGAUGGAAGAGAUCUUCGAUGAGGAUGACCUCGUAAUCCUUUGGUAUGCACGAAGAUCUUCGCAGAUGCCUGAAUGGCAUGUCCUCGUAAUCUGA